ACCAUGUCUGCUGUAAUUGGUAUCACUUUCGGUAACACGUCGUCGUCCAUUGCUGUCGCCACUCAAGAUGGUAAGGUAGACGUCAUCGCAAACCCAGACGGUGACAGAGCCAUUCCUUCAGCCUUAUCGUAUGUUGGCUCCGAUGAAUACCACGGAGUCCAGGCUGAGCACCAGUUGGUGAGAAAUGCCAAGAACACCAUUAUCAACUUCAGAGACUUUAUUGGUAAGAGUUUUGACGAAGCUGAAACCGCUGCUCCAUAUCAUGUAGGUGCUCCAGCCGUCAAGACAGCCGAUGGAAAGAUUGCCUACGACAUUGUCAGAGAUGGCAAUAACGAGCUCAUCACUGUAGACGAGAUUUCCAAGAGACACUUCAAGCAACUUAAAGAUGCUGCUGAAGACUACAUAGGUAAGGAAAUCGAAGGUGUAGUUUUGACUGUUCCUACUGACUUCAAUGAGCAUCAGAGACAACAGUUAACUUCCAUUGCUACUGACGCUGGCUUAAAGGUAUUGCAAUUGAUCAAUGAGCCUUCUGCCGCUUUGUUGGCCCAUUUGUCCGCCGAUGAGGACCGUUUGUUACAGGACAAGAUCUACGUUGUAGCUGAUUUUGGUGGUGUCAGAUCCGAUGCAGCCGUCAUUUCUGUGAGAGGAGGUGUCUUGACCAUCUUGGCUACAGCCCACGAGUACGGCUUGGGAGGUGACAAGUUAGACGAGGCUUUGGCUGAAUACUUCGCCAAGGAGUUCGAAAAGAAGACCAAGGUGAACCCUAGAACCAACGCCAGAUCCAUCGCCAAGUUGAAGGCCGAGUCUAUUGUAGUGAAGAAGACCUUGUCCAAUGUUCAGACUUCGACCUGUUCUAUCGAGUCUUUGGCUGAGGGUUUGGACUUUCACACUUCUAUCAACAGAUUAAGAUACGAGUUGGCUGCUAGACAACCGCUUUCUGAAAUGACUAGCUUUGUAGAGAAGGCUGUCGCCAAGGCAGGCUUAGAUAAUUUGGAUAUCGACGAAGUGUUGUUAGUUGGAGGUGCUUCGCACACUCCCAAAUUGGCCAGCAACAUCCAGUUCAUAUUCCCAGAAACCACUACUGUAGUUGCUCCAGCCUUGGACCCAAAGGCUUUGAAUCCUACGGAAUUAGUAGCUCGUGGAGCUGCUUUGCAAGCUUCUUUGAUUGAAUCGUUCGACGAAGACGAAAUCAAGGAGUCGUUACAGCCAAUCGUCGUCAACACCCAGCACUUGACCAAGCCUAUUGGUAUCAAGGAUGCUGAGGGUAACUUCCAGUCCAUCUUGGUAGCCGAAACUGCCUACCCAAUCAAGAGAUCUAUCCAAGUGACCAACGGUGAAUCUGCUUCUGUAGUUGUAGAGUUGUAUGAAGGUAAGAGAACAAUCAAGGAAACCGUCGUUGAAGCUGAGCCUGUUUCUGACGAAGACUCGGAAGACGACUACUCCGACGACGAGCCAGAAGUCAAGAAGGAGCUUGUGUACGAAGCUGGUUCCAAGUUGGCUGAGUUAACCUUGAAGGACUUGAAGCCAAACUCCAAGUUGGAAGUAACUGUCAACAUCACCCAAAACGGUACUUUGCACUUGUCUGGAAGAGAAUUGAAGCAGGGUUCUGUUGCUGUCAAGGGUGAAAUCACCUCUGCUUAAUAGAGUCAAUACAUGAAAGUAAAAGAAAUGAGUGUAGAGUAGAAGUGAGAACUAUGGUAUCAUUUUGUC